UUCCUGUGUUUUCAAGGGCUGGUAUUUUUGUUUAAAGAAACUGUGAAUUUAAUUUUAUGCUUAAAUAAGUCAUUAUUGUGAAAGGUUGCACAGUCUUGUGUUUAGCGACAGGUAUAGGUAAAGAUCUUAACAUCCUUAAACAGGUGUUUAGGUCAUUUUGGCACGCAGACAAAUUUGCAUGCGUCGUCCAGGUAAUGCGAAAUUUAGCUCCUAAGGUCCUCAGAUUCUAACGGCAGUUAACUGCUCUGCCAACCUCGAUCCUUUUUUUCUCUUUUUGAUAUAAGUGAUAAUUUCUUUCUUGCUGUCCCUUAUAUCAAUUCCCACUGCACUGUGUCUAUCUUUUUCCUCCUUCAAAUAUUUUUCUACAACUUAUGGAGCUUGAUGAGCCGAUGGGUUGUUUUUGAUGCGGAUAUUAGGUCGCUUCGCUUCGCAUUUCAACCAAUGCUAGAUCCGUUUUGUAGACCGUCCAAUACGUACUCACCUAAAUCAGUGGCUAAAUUGAGGCGUCUCAGAGUAUUCAAUGCUCAUUUCAAGCUAUGCGGACCUAAUUAGGGUCCAACUGUACCAGACAACUCCUGCAACAUCUAACGACCCGCAAAUUGUGUCAUCUCCCCGAUGUCCCUCACAUGGCACAAGAGGAAUCGAACCCAGGUCUCCCGCACAAAGCACAAGAGUUAUAACCACUAAGCUACGGUACUAGAUGCUCUAAAUAUGCAGUCAUAAUCUAGGCACCCGUUAUCUCUCACCUCCCUGGCUGCCUUUGCCAUAAGCAUAGUCUUAUGACUAUGCCAUAAGUAAACUAUAAUCCACAAUGUCUUGCAUGCAUUGGGGAAACAAAACACUGUAGAGACUUCAGCCCAAGAGGCGUAACCCGUAAUGUCAGCCAAAUCCACUUUUAUGAGGUAUUUUUGAAUGAUUUCCCGACGCGGGUAGGUUAGCUAGAUUAACUGAUAUCAGAAGUUUUAAGUCAAUGUACUGUGAAUUCAAAACUUUUUGAACAAGACAACCCAAAACUGGAGCACAACAUUUGGUGACUUUCACAGCUGCCUCGUUGGGGCCAGAGAGCAGGGCGGUAGCAGAUUCUUCUCUCUCAUCUCUUAUAAAGUUUGGAGAGAUCUAACCCUGUCUCUAGAGAUGACCAAACUGGGCUUGUAAGGCUUCAAAUUUUUCGUUAAAUAAGUUCACCAGCUCCUGUUUCAAGCCCUCCCUUGCCACGACCGAUGACAUUGCCGUACUACUUAGUAACGGAUCCUCGUCCUGUAUAAAAAACAUACUCGGCUGUUUGGAUCGAGAGGCCAUGGUAAUUGAAGACGAUUGCAAGCACACAACCAGGUUUGUCUCGUGCGAGAUUCGAGCUUAAAUGAUGAACAUCGAGUAAUCAAGGAGCACUGGUAACUACGACCUCCAUUAAACUCAAUUAUACUGCGCAUAAUCGUCCUUUUCUUUUAGCCAAAACUUUAGCGUAUUUAAACUUUGACCCCCUUUCUCUCUAGAGCCUAUAUAUAUGGAAAAGGGCCGCACUUUUGACGAAAUAUCUGCUAAACAUUCGACUUUAAACCCUUCGCCUAACCCCCCACAAAACUUGUUGCAGAACAGAACCCUUGCGAUCAUAACAAGAUACGCCAUAAUCGACACUUGUGGGAGUAAUCUGAGUAUUCGUGAAGGAGCUAACUAGCUAAGUCUUUCCGUUUUUUAACUCUUGUAUUAGAAUGGUUAUGGAGGAAUGGAUUUCUAACGAUCGCUCAACUAGGCGAUUUUACGUUAUUUGUCUUACAUUAGACGGUAUUCCUUUAUUUUCUCGGUCAAAUGGCAAUCUUCCAAAUUUGCCAUUUCCUGUCAUGGGUUCUUUAAAUGGUGUCCACAUGUUUGCAAAAAAUAAUCUUACAGAAUUGGGUUUUACAACAGCUGACAAUGCCAGUAUUACCUGGAAAGAAUUUCAUAAAAUUAAAAUUAUAAUCAUAAAUUUUGACAGAAAUGUUACAGAAUAUCAUUUAAACUUAAUGGUUGAGAAUGUGUACAAAUGCAUGGUAAUGACAAUAGGUGAAAACGAAUUCACAAAAAUAAAUAAUGUUGAAAAGCUUAAAAAGAAAACAAAGCUGUCACUUCCACUUGUUAUGAAAUGUUUAAACCCAACGCAACUUUUGAGCAACGUUACUCAAACAACCGAUAUUGUCUUAUGUUCUGAAAUAGCUGUGAUACAAAACACAUUAAAUGCUUAUACUGAAGAAUGUCAAAGUGAGUUUGGUUGUUUAAUUUUGCAUGGAAAAGUCAUUGCUGGAACGGAAAAAUUUUGGCAACUUCUUCCCAUUGAAACAUCACUAAUGCUUCAUCUAAUGGAAACUAUACCUUUACUUUCUGCAUCAGACAUUCCAAUAUAUCUCCCAAAUGGUAGCCCAACAGUUCCACAUAGACUUAUUGCCAUCAAUUUGCUCGAAAAUAUAAAAGUUAUGAUUGUAUGUGGGCCUGAACCCUCACUACAAGAUGUGCUACAUAAAUAUGCGAAAAAAUAUUGGAUGCCCUUGACACAAAUACUUCAAUCAUGCUCUCGAUUGUAUCCUAGAUGGUUUCCACCUGAGAUAAAACUUGACAUCAAUUUGUUAGGAUUUGUACUUGUAAAUGUAACCGAAGGAAAAUGUUUAUCCUCUUUUCAUCCACAUGGUAAUAUGACAGGUGCUGAUCAAGUUUAUUUAUCUGAGAAGGAGAAAAGAAAGUGCGCAUUGGUUUCGUUUUAUCGAACAGUUGUUGGUGAUAUUUUUGUAAGAAUAGAUGAAGAAAUGAAAUGCAAGAAGUUUCCUCAUGAAGUUAUAGAAACUUACAGCUGCACAGAUCAAUAUAAAUGUUAUGCAUUACAAUCUUCAAACCAUCAACUUUUUACUCUUUUUGGAAAUGAUGUUCCUUCAUAUAGUCUUGGGAAUAUCACAAAGCAGAUUUUAAGACAAUUAACUAAGGAUAGAAUUAUAUGA